CAAAGGGGUCCCACAAAGGGUACACACGUUCUCACAGUAAAACGAGCAACACAGAAUUCGGAAUCGGGCCUCGCCAGCCAGCAGAAUCUUGGAUUGCAUCGCAUCUUGAGCAGCUCAUCAUCCUCCUCAGUAGCUCCGUUCAUAAAUGUCGCCGCUUCGGUAGGCCAACCAACAACGACUCACAAUGCGCUUCGCUGCGUUACAACCAAAGUUUUCCUUUCCAUCAACUAAAGCAGUUGUGUUUGUAUAAAUAAAACCCCUCUCACUUUGAUCUCAGAAUUCCUAAUUCCUUUUGAAUUUCGCGAUGGCUCAUCCUCCUAUCAAAUUGAAGCAAUCUGCGUCGAGCUCAGCGGCGCAGACUCUAACGUCGUCGUCGUCCGCCCAGGAUGCCCGACUCCUCGUCCGCGAAACGCUGCGUAUCAGCGCCAAUCUCGCUGAUUCGGCGGCUCAGCCGCUUUCUUCUUCUUCUCCUUUGUCUGCUGCUUUGGUUGAUUCGUCGGAGUUCGUGAAUUCCAGCUUGAGGUUGAUCUGCUCCGAGGAAAUCGACGGCCGGAGAUGGAGCUACGUGGCGGAGAAGGACGCCUCCGGAAGGUUCAAGAAGGGCUCUUCCAUUCGCGCCCUUAGUUCCCACAAUCCUCAUACUCCUCCCAUUGAGGAGGUGAUGUCAUUUGUGAGAUCUUAUGUACUUCCGGAAGGUUUCCCCGAUAGCGUUACUUCUUCAUACGUCCCGUAUAUGACAUGGAGAGCUUUGAAGCACUUCUUCGGUGGAGCAAUGGGUGUUUUCACGACUCAAACACUUUUGAGUUCAGUUGGAGUCUCUAAGAACAGAGUGGCUCCAGGAGCUGUCGCUAUUAACUGGAUUCUCAAGGAUGGUGCUGGUCGUGUUGGAAAAAUGAUUUUUGCCCGCCAAGGAAAGAAGUUUGAUUAUGACUUAAAACAGCUACGGUUUGCAGGUGAUCUUCUUAUGGAGGUGGGUGCUGCUGUGGAGUUGGCAACUUCAGCUGUGCCACAUCUUUUUCUUCCUUUGGCUUGUGCUGCUAAUGUAGCAAAGAAUGUUGCUGCUGUAACAUCAACAUCAACUCGUACACCAAUUUACAAAGCCUUUGCUAAAGGAGAGAAUAUCGGGGAUGUCACUGCUAAAGGAGAAUGUGUUGGGAAUAUUGCAGAUCUGCUAGGAACUGGGCUGAGCAUAAUGAUCUCAAGAAGAAACCCCUCCUUGGUUACUACAUUUGCCUUCCUUUCAUGUGGAUAUGUCCUCAGCUCUUACCGAGAGGUUAAAUCUGUAGUGUUGCACACAUUGAACCGGGCAAGAUUCACUGUGGCAGUAGAUUCCUUCCUUAAGACAGGACGAGUCCCCUCAUUGCAGGAGGGGAACAUGAACGAGAACAUAUUCAGUUUUCCAUGGUUGAAAGAGAAGCCUGUUGUUCUUGGAUCGAGAUUUAGGGAUGCAUUCCAAGACCCAGGUGCAUAUCUUGCCAUAGAGCCUCUCUUUGAGAAAGAGAGAUAUAUUGUGACAUAUAAUCCUUCAAAGGGUAAAAUAUAUGCACUGCUCAAAGAUCAGGCAAAGUCAGACGACAUUCUGAAAGCUGCCUUCCAUGCUCAUGUGCUUCUGCAUUUUAUGCAAUCAUCAAAUGAGAGUCGAUCUUCUGCUCGGAAGCAGAGGGAGUAUGACUAUCCGGAUAUUGUGUCCACAGCUACUGAUCUCGAGGCUCGUAUUGCCGAGUCAUGUAAGAUGGUCUCAACCUCAUAUGGGAUUUUCAAGAGCAAAGCUGCAGAGCAGGGGUGGAAGAUGUCAGAAUCACUUCUUAAUCCUGGCCGAGCUCGGCUCCAUGGGAGUGAUAAAUUGCGAUGAAAUGCUCACAUUUCUGCAUUGGUACGCAAAGCUGGGCUUUGACUCUAGUAAGGUGCUUGGCAAAUGCUUCUACUGCCUCAGACACACACAAAAGUUGAUCAGCAGACGAAGAGAGCCCAUAUGACAAAGAGGGCUGGUGGCACUAUACCUAUGGGGGACCAUGGAAACCAUGGACUCUCAUUAAGGUGCAAAAGUAUGAUGCUGCGUGCGCCCUCUGCUUGAUGAAACAUAAACAUACCCAAAGAUGGCAUGGUGCAGUAUUGAGUUAUAAAGGGAUGUUUUGUUAGCUUGGAGUUGCAUAGUAGUUGCACAUAGAUACGUAUAGUUUUUCUGUUUCUCCUUUUGGUCGGGGGUUCCUUUUUGCUUUGGGGUGUGGAGGUUUUUUGUUUUCAUUUUUAUAGUCUUCUUAGUGUCGCCAUGUUAUGUUUACGCUGAAUACCUUGGAUUCUUUCUUUAAAUCAAUAAAACUUUACUUGAGAAUA